UUGAAAAUGUACUGUAAAAAUGGUAUUCCAAAAAGUGUAAUUAAUUGCGAAAAUUGAAAUCUGAGCUUGAUUUAAAUUCUCUUGAAAUGCAAAGAUUACUAAUUAUUUUUAUUGAAAAUUAUUCAAAAUGAUAUCGGCUGUUCCUUCCUUCUAGAUUUAUCAAUUUUUUCACUCCUCCUAGAUCUCAUAGAACUUUAAAAAAAAAUUGAAUCACAUUCAUCUAAAUUUGGACAAAAUAUUCUUCUCGACACAACAAUGAACACAGCAAAUAAAUUUCAUCAACUGAGUUGGUACAACCUCGUCGAAAGUUUUGAAUGCACAUAAUUAACUUUCCAUUUUGAUGGUUAAUCUAUAAAAGAACUUAUCAGCGUGUGCUGAGAAUAUAUAAACUUCAGUUUUUACAUCACUGGAAACCAUCUGCAGUCAUCAGGAGGUGAAAACCAGUGUACCAUCUGCGGUCAAAAGGAUUUUACUAUGGAGCGGCCCUGAGUGAUGACACAUGAGUGGCGGGAAGAGGUGCCACCUCUGCCGCCCCCACCGCCUCAAUGGCGGUUGGACAUGGACCUCCGGCAUCACAUACAACACUGCGCUUGCACUUGCAACCACAUGGGCUACGGAAAUUACAUGGACUACCAGGUCCAGAUGGAAAUGUGCAGGUGUGGACUGGGAAGCAGUCAGAGACUACAGGCGCAGUGCAUGUCGGAGAUGGCGGGAGCCAGAAUGGUCAACGGGUCCGCGCGGUUCAACUGUCAGAGCAGAGCGCUCAUUCCGACGGCCAGGGGAUCGGUAACCAGUUCAUCAAGCGACGAAGAAAGGCUGGAACUGCGGCCAUGGGUCGUCGCCUGCCUGAUGGUCGUCGUCGUGGCCGGCAUCGGCCUAGGACUCGCACUGUUUUUGACGAAAGGUGACACGCAGGAAGAAGAACACCUUGAAAUGCUAGACACUGUAAGGAGGAUUCUCACCGAAGUGCCUCUCAUUGACGGGCACAACGACCUUCCGUGGAAUAUAAGGAAAUUCGUGCACAACCAGCUUGGAAAGUUCAACUUUUCCGAGGACCUCCGAGACGUCGAGCCGUGGUCCAGGAGCAAUUGGUCUCACACGGACUUACCAAGACUGAAAGCAGGCCAAGUCGGAGCCCAGUUCUGGUCCGCGUACGUGCCGUGCGGAGCUCAACAGAAAGACGCCGUGCAGAUCGCCAUGGAGCAGAUCGACGUCAUCAAAAGACUCACGCAGAUCUACAGCCAGGAUCUACAGUUCGUGACGACGGUGGCCGGCAUCAAGGAAGCCCACAAAAAUGGCAGGAUUGCUAGCUUAAUUGGGGUUGAGGGUGGUCAUUCACUCGGCAGCUCACUCGGCGUUCUACGGAUGUUCUACGGGCUCGGGGCUCGCUACCUUACGCUCACCCAUACAUGCAACACUCCAUGGGCUGGCUGUUGUGUCGGUAAUGAUUCGUCCGAUGCAGAAAACCAAGGUUUGACGCAUUUUGGCCGGUUAGUUGUAAGGGAGCUUAACAGGUUGGGUAUGCUUGUCGAUUUAAGCCAUACCUCAUUUCGGACGAUGGAGCAAGCCAUAAACGUUUCUACGGCACCGGUUAUUUUUUCCCAUUCUUCUGCAUUUGCUAUUUGUAAUUCUACACGCAAUGUUCCUGACUACAUCCUCAAACAAGUGGCCUUAAACGGUGGUAUAGUUAUGGUGAACUUCUACACAAACUUCAUCAGUUGCAACCACACUGCGACCAUGGAUGAUGUCAUUGCUCACAUUAACCACAUAAGGAAAAUAGCAGGGGAAGACUCGGUCGGCCUAGGGGCAGGAUAUGACGGUAUAAAUAAGACUCCGGAAGGCCUUGAGGAUGUUUCUCGUUACCCGGAGCUGCUGGCGGCACUUCUGGCGACAGGGGAAUGGAACGAGGAACAGCUCAAAAAGCUGGCCGGACUCAAUAUCCUGAGGGUCAUGACAAAAGCCGAACAGGUCAAAGACAACUGGGAGGGAGAAGGAGUGACAGUCGUGGAAGAGCUGUUAGCUGCAUCCGCUCCGAAACCACCUUCUGACUGCGUCUACACUGAUUCGUGAUCGUACGCACUCGAAAAGGAUGCUCUUUUCUAUAUUUAUGAAGACAUUGAAUUAGUCAAUUUGUGUACAAACUGUUAUUUGGUAUAAAUGUUGAAUUUCUCCUUUUUGAAGAAAAAAAAAAUUGAACGAUUUGGAAAAAAUAUUGUAAAAAAUAGUAGAUAAUGUUUGUACAUAGUUUAUUAUUGAUAAUUACUAUAAAUGGACCUCUUUUCACUGUAUAGAACACCUUUUUAAGAGUACUAUCUCCAAUUUACUAGGUAAUUAAACUUAGAUGUUUCUUUAUUCUUUAUGAACACUAUUCAAACUAUAAUGGAAAUAUAUAAAUUAUCGAGAAGGGCCUAGAGGUCUUGUUUUUUCUUUUGAAUUUCCUUGAAUUUAGGAAGAAGAUUCAAAUGGCUGUGAAACGGUUGUAGCGUAUUGUUUUUCGGGUUUCUCCCUCCAUCGCCUUUUCAUUCUCACAAAUUUCAUCUGAUCGAAAGGCUUUGUAUAAUUAUUUUCCUUGUAGAUAGCAUUAGGUGCUUGUAUAAAGAAAAAAAAAUUUUUUUUUUGGUAAAUGAUAUAAACAAAUGAUAAAGAGAGACAAAAACAAAAAACUGCCCUUCAAGACUCACAACGAUUUAGGAUACCUAUGACCAAAACAUGAAAUAGCCCAAGAAACAAACAAAAUACUUGUUAAAGUGACAAUCUUAAAGGGUAAACAUCAAAAUAAAAUUUUAAAACAAACUAUUGUAAUUAAAUAAUAUAUUUUAUGUUAUAAUCCUAGUUAAUUUAUAUUUGUGUUAUGAGCCAAAAUAGGCUCAAUAUAAUCUUUUAUUAGAAACAAAAAAUCAAAGUAUAUAUUGUAUAUAUUAAAACAGUAUUUAAAAAAUUGUAAUAGAAAUUAAA